AUGGCCGCUGAUGCCUCGACGGAUGUUGUAGUGACGCCUGUCUCCACGGAUUUGAUCGCGGCAACCCAAGCCAACCUCGCGCAGAAAGGGGAUCCUACGGCCGCAAAGUCACACACCAUGAUCCGAAUAGACGGUCUGAGCACUAACGUCCACGCGUCCGACUUUUACCGUCUCGCUGACAACGAACUGUCGAAAUGGAACCAAUCCAUCACAAAGGUGCAGCAAGUUCGUGACCGCAUGACGCUCGAACCAACCGGGACCUACAACGUGACCUUUUCCUCCGCCGUCGCCGCGACCGCCUACGCCACGCGCUUCCAGCGACUGCACGCCAUCGCGCGCAUCCGCGCGAACUCCCGCACCGGACUGUGGCGGAGCGAGGUGCCCGCGGCUCUGCUCCCGAGCGGUGGCAGUGUCGCCGACACCACCACGACGCAGGAAGACCUCGAAGCGGAGCUUGCACGGCUCAGCCUUGCCGCCGGCGUGCACGAGGUCGCGCUCGCGCACCGGCGCGUCAACUCCGGGCCCGAGUCCAACAAGGUCCGGUCCGCCAGCACGCGGCUCUCCGAGCAGGCCGCCGCCCAGCGAGAGCGCCUCGACAACGUCGCGAGCGGUGCCGAAGACGUCGGCGAGCAGCAGCAGCAGCAGCAGCAGCAGCAGCAGCCCUUCACCGAAGCGACGGGGCAAGAUGACGACGGCGUGGAGGACGGAAAGCAGCGGCUCGGCGCGGUGCUCCGCAAGAGGGACGGCCUGCGUCGCGUCGCCCGCCACCUGGAGGGCGCCGCGCUGCGACGAUUCGUCGUCGCCUUCCGCGACAGGGCCGAGGCGCAGCGCUUUCACCGCCUGUGGAACGGUCGCUGGCUGGGCGGCCGCGACGUACCGCCGGCGGCCGGUGCUCCGCGGCACUUUGUGCGGACGCAGGUGCUAGAUUAUUAA